AUGUCAGCUGGCUCUUGGGCAGUGUCGAUGGGAUCUCAUCGAACCGGAUAUUGUCGGGUGCAAACAGCUGCUCCAGCGUCUGUCCACCCACCAACUGAUAGAUACGACUCAUCGUCGUGA